AAGAGGGUGAUUGCUAGUGCCUUCAAAGGAUGUCUGUCGGCACUGACUGCGAGGCUUUCCCACCAUGCCAAUCCGUAAGCUUGUCCACCUGAAAAUGGUGCGCGGCACAGGUUAUAUGCUUUGAAGUCAUCAACGAACAGGCUGUAAUACUACUACUCUACAGACCCCAUUUGUCAUUACCGUGGCACCCGGACCGUGUCGUGGAUCUUGACUAAUAGUGAUUCUACUCGCAUCGAUGAGAUCCCCUCAGUUAUCGUUCUUACUGCGCAUCGGUACAUAACGAUACUAGUACAUCUCGGGGUCGGCUGACCAGCAGCUGUUAUAAGACGUACUGAAUUGAUUCUCAUUCCAGCCCACUUGACAUCAUGAUGCUAGGAUCCCUCAUCACGGCCGACUAUGCUGCUGGUCUUGUUGCAUCCAUAGCAGUGCUUGUUGUGUUGCACAAGAAAUCCUCGUUAGCGAAUGGUAAGAAUACCAUUCCGUUUCCACCUGGACCUCCCGCCCGUUGGUUCUGGAGUAACGCUUUGCCUUCUGUCAAUAUUGCUCGUGCACUGACUGACCUUGUUCGGGAGUAUGGGCCUGUGGUAUCGUUCCGACAAGGCAGUAAAGUGAUCGUUGUCAUUGGCAGUGUCGAGGCAGCCACAACCAUCAUGGAGGCUGAAGGUAGAUCCCUGGUAGAUCGUCCUCCGUCUAUUGCUGCGGGAGAGAUGCUCUCAAAUGGGAUGCGUAUUGUUAUGGCUCGUUCCGGAGAGCGCUUCCGGCGUCUCCGCAAAGCGGUUCAUACCCACCUCCAGCCCAAGGCGGCAGAGGUAUACAAAGAUAUGCAGCACGAUAACGCAAGGAAAUUUAUAUUGGACAUUAUGAAUGACCCUAAGAACCACCAGAAGCACGCAUCACGGUACUCAGCAUCAGUCAUUCUUCGGGUGACUUAUGGGAAGUCUACACCAACUGCCUACAACGAUCCCGAAGUUAUCCGUAUCUACAAAGUCCUCGAUCAUUUUGACAUUGUGAUGCGUCCAGGAGCUUAUCUCGUCGACCGUGUGCCUCUUUUGCGCUACUUGCCUGGUUACGGAAAGCAACUUACUGAGUGGCAUAAUGAAGAACUGAGUUUAUACAGUCAUCAGUUAGGACGCGUCAAGAGCGAAAUAGAACAAAACAAAGCGGGUCCCUCUUUCACCAAGACACUAUUGGAACACACUAAAGAUCACCAACUCGUAACAGAUGAGAUGGCCUAUCUCGCUGGAACACUCUUUGGUGCAGGUGCUGAAACAACCUCCGCGGGAAUUACCACUGCUAUUAUGGCUGCGGCGUGUCACCCACUGGCUCAGGCAAAGGUGCAUGAAGAGCUCGAUAUGGUCAUCGGAUCAGACAGAGCACCAACAUUUAAAGACUCGAGCUCGCUUCCUCAAUUGUACGCGUUCCUGUGGGAAGCUUUGAGAUGGAGACCUGUCAUCCCCAUAGGAUUUCCCCACCACGCAACUCGGGAUAUUAUUUGGCAAGGAUAUCGUAUUCCUGAGGGUGCAACAGUCUACGGAUGCCAUUGGGCGAUCUGUCGCGAUCCAAUUGCCUUUCCAGAUCCUGAAAAAUUUGAUCCUCAACGCUGGCUUGAUUCCGAAGGCCGCCUUAAGGACGGUAUGAAGUCUUUCACCUUUGGCUUUGGUAGACGGGUGUGUCCCGGCAGGCAUCUCGCAGAGAAUUCAAUGUACAUCGCCUUGGCACUUCUCUUCUGGUCUUUCCGAUUUGAUCAACGACCUGACGCCCCGAUCAACACGCGGGCUAGUGACACUGUUGUUUCACGUCCGGCGCCAUUUGAAGUUGAUGCCAUUCCACGGAUCGAAGUUGCAAGGUUGAAGGAGAUGAUGGCGGAUGAAAGUAUGUGUUGA